AUGACGGCUCAGACCGAAGUCCAGCCUCAGGCCAGCGGACUGCUCGAGAAGGCAGAGCAGCCCGACUCUUCCUCCAACAAGGGCCCUCUGUCUGGAGAGAACACCGACACCGAGCGGGCCAAAGAAACCAUUGACUCGGAGCCUGCACGUACUGUCACGGGCUUCAAGUGGUACCUCAUUGUCUUCGCCAUCCUCUCCUCAGCCUUUCUCUUCGCUCUCGACAACACCGUCGUCGCAGACGUGCAGCCACAGAUCGUCCUCCAAUUCGACUCCAUCAAGGACAUCGCAUGGCUGGCCGUCGCCUUCAUCAUGGCCGCGACGGCGGUGAACCUCUUUUAUGGCCAGCUGUACUCGCACCUGAAGCCCAAGUGGCUGUACAUCGGCAGCGUCGUCGUCUUCGAGGCGGGUAGCGCGCUCUGCGGUGCGGCCCCGGAUAUGAACAGCCUCAUCGUCGGGCGUGCGCUUUGCGGUCUCGGCGGCGUUGGUAUGUACCUCGGUGUCAUGGUCCUCAUCGCCGCAACGACGACGAUUCAAGAGAGACCGAUGUAUUUGGCUUGUAUCGGUUUGACCUGGGGACUUGGAACGAUUCUUGGCCCACUGGUAGGAGGAGGAGAAGCUGAUAGAGAAAAAGCGUUCGCCGACUCGGAUGCAACAUGGCGUUGGGCCUUUUAUAUCAACCUCCCAAUCGGCGCUUUGGCAGCACCUGUAUAUCUCUUCAUGCUGCCGUCUCCCGACCCGCAACCUGGUGCAUCAAUCAUCAAACGACUAGCCGAGAUCGACUGGGUCGGUGCCGUGCUAAUGCUCGGUGCCAUCAUCACCUUUACAAUGGCCAUUAGCUUCGGUGGCAUCAUGUACGAGUGGAACUCUGGCUCGGAGAUCGCCCUCUUCGUCGUUGCCGGAGUCUUGUUCAUUGUCUUCGGUGUCCAGCAGGCAUACUGCAUCGGCACCACUAUAGAGCGUCGCAUCUUCCCGGUCGAGCUCAUCAGCUCCCGCAAGUACUACCGGACAAUCAUCUUGAUGUUCUGCGUGACCGCCUCCGGAGGUUGCGCGAUCUUCAUCCCGGUGUACUUCAUCCCGAUCUUCUUCCAGUUCACACGAGGCGAUAGCGCCAUCGACGCCGCUGUGCGGUUGCUGCCGUUCAUUCUAGUCAUGGUCUUCGUCACCCUGGCGCAGGGCGGCAUGUUGUCGCACCCAUCCGGGAAAUUCGGCCUGUACAUGCCCUGGUUCACCGUCGGCGGUGUCAUCACCGUCGUUGCCGCUACCCUCAUGUACGUUGUCAAGACCGACACCAGCACGGCUUGGGUCUAUGGAGCCUCAGCCAUGCUUGGUGCUGGCGUCGGAACGUACACCCAGGCGGGCUUCUCAAUCUCCCAGGCCAGCGUGCCCGAGCAUAUGGCUGCCGUUGCGGCCUCGCUGAUGGCACUGGCGCAGACGAGCGGAAUCAACAUUGCUCUAGCGGUCAGCAACGCCGUGUUCCUCAACAGGGCCGAGACUCGGCUUGCUCAAAUCCUCCCUGACACUGUCACGGAAGACCAGAUCCAACUUGCCAUUGCCGGCGUCGGGGCGGAUUUCGUUACGACGCUACCCCCGCAAAUGCAGCAGGAGAUCCUUGAAGCCAUUGUUGAGGCUCUGAACUUGCCGUACAUCUUGGUUAUCACUGCUGGAAGCGUUGUUCUGGUUUGCAGUGUUCUGAUGAAGAGGGAGCGCUUGUUCAUGAAGGUCGCUGUCGGCGGUGGUUAA